AUGGAUAGUACCACUAGACUUCAUCAAGAUGAUAGUCCUCCUUUGUCUGAUCCAUUUAUUUAUCGGCAUCUUGUGGGUCGAUUGAUUUACCUAACCACAACUCGUCCGGAUAUCACCUACGUCACCCAACAGCUUAGCCAAUUCAUGGCCACCCCUACUCAAGUUCACUAUGCAGCAGCUCUUCGAGUACUUCGAUAUCUGAAAAAUAAUCCAGGCAGAGGUCUUUUCUUUCCCAGAUCUUCUAGUCUUCAGAUAUAUGGCUUCAGCGAUUCUGAUUGGGCAGGUUGCCCAGAUACCCGUCAUUCAUUAACUGGUUAUCGUUUCUUUUUGGGAGAUUCUUUAAUCUCUUGGAGGACUAAGAAGCAAACUACUGUUGCUAGAUCUUCAACGGAAGCUGAGUAUUGA